AUGAUUAGUGGAGCAUUGAGAAGAUCGUUUAUUGGCAAAGCUCAUUUUGGUCUAGUUUCAGAAUACAAUAGCAGAGUCAACUAAAAGUUAUACAAAGGAGUUUAAGUAUCUGAAGCACCGCAAUUCUUCACAACAUCGGCUAGACCAGGAAAUUUUGGUGAUCAUUUAGAUUUCAAAGUACAAAUGGAUAAUUGGUUUGAUGAAAACAGAGUGCAUAACGAACACGAGACUGAAAUUAAAAGAACAUAAAUAUAUGCAUUAAAUGCCGUCUAUUAUGGUGGAUUGCUCUCCUUUGCAAGACUAUUUGCAGUGGGGAUAAUAGGAAGAUUGGAUGGAUGGAAGAGAUAUGAUAGAGACACUUAUCUCGAAAUGGAUAUUGGAGAUUUACCUCCUGGAGAAGUCAUGUAAAUUGUUUGGAAUGGUACACCAGUAUUUAUUAGGAGAUUAACUUAAUAAGAAAUAAAGGAUGAAGAUAAUUUACCAAAAGAGACUAUUUUGGAUCCUAGCUCUGAGGUUGUCCUUACCAAUUGUGGUAAUACUAAGGUAUUGGUUGUCAGUGCUUUAUGCACUCAUUUAGGGUGCAUACCAAUCCCAUAUUUAGGUGCCUACAAUGGUUGGGUUUGUAUUUGCCAUGGUUCAGUGUAUGAUAAAUAUGCAAGAGUGAGACAAGGACCAGCUUUGUAGAAUUUGCCAUUUAUCAAUAACUCCAUCUAUGAUGAUGUGAUCGUCUGUAUAGAAGAAAUGAAGUUCCCAAGAGAACCAAGUUAAAGAUAUUGGACUUGAACAAAAUAAUAUUUUUAUCUAUUUUAUUACAUAAGUAAUAUAUAAAUGA